AUGCACAAGAUGGGUGUUGAGGCCGCGUUCGUCGUAGUCCUCAUGUUUUCAGCCACCGUGAAAACAGAAUCAGCCUUCUGGAGAGAUAAAGUCACGCUGACCUGUCCGAGUGAUGGGAUCUGGUACGACAGUGAGACAAAAGUCCAAAGUCCAACAACGGCAACAACAUUUGAGUUUGUGUAUCAACACAAAGCCCAGUACUACUGUGAAUACAAGAAAACUGAAAGUGACGAUACUUUCACUAAAAGGAUGUAUUAUUUCUAUGUGAAAGGAAAAGCUUGUGAGAACUGCUUCGAGGUGGACGGGUUUCUCUUCAUGCUGGUCAUUAUCGUGGAUCUGAUCGGGACCUCAGUCUUGAUGAUAAUCGUCUACAGCUGCACCAAGAAGAAAAGCCCGGACCAACGCUCGCAGUCACGAUCUAAAUCAGGAGGCCGUGCUCCUCCUGUCCCUGCUGCUGACUACGAGCAACUGAACCCAAACUCUGAAUCAACGGAGACUUACUCUGCUGUGGUGAUCCGCUCCAGGUAG